GUAAAAAAAAAUAUUUUUUAGGUUAAUUUCAACACUUGCUCCGAAAUUGUCAACAUAUAACAUUUAUUUAUCAUCAAAUAAAUAAAUAUUUUAUCAACAAUGGCUGAUUAUCCUGAAAUAAAUAUAAGACUAGCAGUAAAUCGUAUAGAUAAUAAUUUAAUAUCAAGAGAUAAUAUUCAACCUCGUAUUUAUACUCCUGGAGAAGGUGUAUUGACUCAAACAGACUAUCUAAGAGGACAUGGUACAUAUGUAGACGAAGACGAAUGUUUGAGAGCAUCAGUAGCUGGAAUACUGGAAAAAGUAAACAAAUUAAUAACAAUCCGUCCUCUGAAAGCCAGAUACCAGGGUGAAAUUGGUGAUGUUAUUGUUGGUAGAAUCACCGAAGUUCAACAGAGUCGUUGGAAGGUUGACACUAACUCAAAACUCGACUCUGUUUUACUUUUAUCGAGUGUUAAUUUACCAGGAGGAGAAUUGAGACGGAGAUCAGCAGAAGAUGAACAAACGAUGCGUCGUUAUCUCCAAGAAGGCGAUUUAAUUUGUGCCGAAGUACAGAGUACUUACCAAGACGGGUCACUGUCUUUGCACACCCGAGUCUUAAAAUACGGCAAGUUAUCCCAAGGAGUGAUGGUUAAAGUACCGCCGGCGCUGAUUAAGCGCAAGAAGACUCACUUCCAUCAUCUAGCUAACGGUGCGACUCUAAUUCUCGGUAACAACGGCUACGUUUGGAUUGGCGCCAGCUCUCAGAGCGCUGACAAGUCUGAGGGUGGGUUUACCCAAGAUCUGACCCGUGUAGCGCACGAAGACCGGGAAAUUUGCGCGAGAUUGCGAAACUGCGUACUCAUACUCUCAACUUGUAAUAUUUUAUUAACAGACACAUCAGUUACGUAUGCCUACGAAGAAUCGGGUAAAUAUAAAGCUAACGAAUUACUUCAACCUGAAGCUAUUGUUGAUGUUGCUCUUUUGACUCAUCACAGAUUGAAUCAAUAGCUUUAAUAUUUGCAAAAUUAAAUGUAAUUUUUAAUCAUUUUUUUUUUUUAUGUUAAUAAAAUAAUAUAAAAAAUUAA